AUGGAUUCAUACUUUCAGGAGCCGGCCUCAUUCGUAUUCUCUUUGCUGAAUUUUUGUUCUUUUUACCUUCUAUACGUUCGACUCAAAUUAGUGCAUGAGUUGAAUAAGAGAAGUUUUUGGAUUUUGUACACCAUCACUGGCUUGGUCACUUGGUACGUGGAUCUUUCCCUACCCUUCCUUUUCUGGAUUUGUUCGGCAAUUUUUCAUGCAAGAGAUUGCUGGCUUACUGAAUAUAUGGACUAUUUCUCGGCGUUCGCCUUCAUACUGUGCGCAUCAUAUGUCUCAUUUUGCUUUACACAGUCCUGGUUAGGAACAUCAGCCUACCGCACUUGGUGGAUGUACGUUUCAUUGAAAUUCAAGAGACCAUCACGCCGACAUCCAUUCCUUAACUUCAGGUCAACAAUUUACGGGUCAUCCUUAUUUUUAUGGUUCGCUAGACACGUAUAUCACAUGACGCAUGAAGUUGAGCUUGUUGAAGUUGCGCUGCUGCAGAAAAGUAGCACAGUAUUUGAUAGCGCGUUGUUUCAACGCAUAGUAGCAGUGCCACGCUGA